UCCAUCAAAAGACGCGUGGUUUUAAACGCGUACUAUUUGCAGGCUUUAUUUCCAUGAGUAGGCCUCGACUGCAUCACCGUGCUUUGUCCUUUCCUUCACUGAGACGCCAUGGCCGCUUGUACUGUAACCCACAAACGUCGACGUCUUUCCUCUUCUUCCACCUCUCGGUGGGAUUAUGAUGUCUUUUUGAGUUUCAAGGGCGAAGACACCCGUAGAAACUUUACUGAUCACCUGUACGAAGCUUUACAUCGUGUAGCAAUUCGAACUUUCAGAGAUGACGGAAGGCUCAAAAGAGGAGAGGAGAUUGAACCAGCACUACUGAAAGCAAUUGAACAAUCAAGGAUCGCAAUAAUCGUCUUCUCCAGAAACUACGCCUCUUCAACAUGGUGCUUGAAGGAGGUGGCCAAAAUCAUGGAAUGCCGAGAAAGGAUGGAUCAGAUGGUUUUCCCUGUUUUCUAUGAUGUUAAUCCAUCAGAUGUACGCAAUCAGACCGGGGAUUUUGGAGAAGAAUUUGACAAAGUUAAACAGCGAGCCGACAUGGAGAUGAAGAAGGUUGAAAGUUGGGAGGCAGCCCUCACAAAAGCUGCGAAUUUGUCUGGUUGGGAUUUACCAAAUGUUGCCAAUGGGCAUGAGGCAACAUGCAUACAGAAGAUCGUUGAAGUGGUUUCAACUAUUUUGAGUUCAUCAAAGCUGUAUGUUUCUAAAUAUCCUGUUGGAUUAACUUCUCGUGUAGACGAUGUGAUUUCAAUGUUAAAUCUCCAAUCAGAUGAGGUGGUUAUUGUGGGGAUAUGUGGGAUGGGAGGAAUAGGUAAAACAACCAUUGCCAAGGCUGUCUAUAAUCAAAUACUUUUCAAAUUUGAAGGUAGAAGUUUUCUUGGAUGUGGUAGAGAAGCUCUUGGCAACCAGCUUGUUCGCCUACAAAGACGACUUCUUUCUGAUGUUUUAAUGGAGAAGAAAGAGAGAAAAGAUAUACACCAUGUUGCUAGAGGAAUUAUUGAGAUUAGAAGUAGAGUUUGUAACAAAAAGGUUCUUGUGGUUCUGGAUGAUAUACAUUACAUAGAACAGAUAAAUUUUUUGGUUGGAGAGCGUAAUUGGUUUGGUGCAGGAAGUAGAAUAAUCAUUACAACUAGAGAUGAGGAUUUGCUAAGGGGGCUAAUAGAUAGGGUAUAUAAGGUUAAAGAAUUGGGUAUGAAACAAUCCACUGAGCUCUUUAGUUGGCAUGCUUUCAAAUUAAACCAUCCCAUGGAAAAGUAUGUAGAUCUCACAAAUCGUAUGAUAGAUCGUGUUGGAGGCCUUCCUUUAGCUAUUGAAGUUUUGGGCUCUGAUUUAUCAAACAGAAGCAUACCCGAAUGGGAAGACACUCUAAAUAAGCUACAGAAAAUUCCUAAUGGCAAAAUCCAGAAUAUACUUAGAAUAAGUUAUGAUAAUGGACUCGAUGAUACGCAGAAGGAAAUAUUCCUUGACAUUUCAUGCUUCUUUAAUGGAAUGGAUAAGGACUAUGCAACUAUAAUACUAGAUGCCUGUGGCUUCUAUCCGAAAAUUGGAAUCAGUGUUCUCACUUCCAAAUCUCUUGUAAGAAUUGAUGGAUACAAUAAUAAAUUAAGAAUGCACAAUUUACUUCAAGACAUGGGGAGAGAAGUUGUUCGUGGAGAAUCUCCUCAAGAACCUGGAAGGCGAAGCAGAUUGUGGUCAUGGGAUGAUGCUUAUGAUGUAAUGACUAAACAUGAGGGGACUAAAAGAAUUGAGGGCCUCAUCCUUGAGCCACCUGAGGGGCACAAGUGUUUUGGAGAGCCAUUACUACUAAGUACUGAAGCAUUUAAGAGGAUGUCCAAUCUAAGAUUGCUGAAGCUUCAGAAUGUAACCCUGGUUGGUAGAAGCUACAGGUAUCUCUCGGAAAAGCUAAGAUGGCUCUGUUGGCCUUUUUGCCCUUUGAAAUCUAUACCAGUGGAUUUUCGUUUGUCACACCUUGUUGUUCUCGAAAUGAAAUCGAGUCGUCUCCAACAAGUUUGGGUGGAGGGAAUGCAACCCCUUAGCGUGUUGAAAAUCAUUGAUCUUAGUUAUUCUGUUUAUCUAACAAAGAACCCCGACUUCUCAAAGCUCCCAAAUCUCGAGACAUUGAUUCUUAAAGGUUGUUCAAAGUUGGUUGAGGUUUGUGAAUCCAUUGGAUGUCUUAAGAGACUUGUUCAUUUGGAUUUGAGUUGGUGUUCUAAGCUUGGGUACCUUCCGAACAGCAUUGGUGAAUUGAAGUCUCUACAAGUGCUUGAUUUACAUUCAACUGCAAUAAAACAGCUACCCUCUUCAAUUGGACACUGGAAAUGUCUUGAAGAUUUAUUCCUCGGUUAUUGUGAGCAAUUAGAAGAAAUACCAGAGGAAUUGGGGUUUAUGGAAUCUUUAAAGGUUCUUGAUUUAAGUGCAACUGCAAUUAAACAGCUACCAUCUUCAAUUGGACAACUGAAAUGCCUUGAAUUUUUAAAUCUCAAUUAUUGUGAGCAAUUAGAAGAAUUACCAGAGGAAUUGGGGAAGAUAGAGUCUUUAACGACUCUUGAUUUAGGUGAAACUGCAAUUAAACAGCUACCAUCUUCAAUUGGACACUGGAAAUCUCUUGAAAUUUUAUACCUCGGUUAUUGUAAGCAAUUAGAAGAAUUACCAGAGGAAUUGGGGAAGCUGGAGUCUUUAAGGGAGCUUGAUUUAAGUAGAACUGCAAUAAAACAACUUCCAUUUUCAAUUGGACAAUUGAAAUCUCUUGAAGUUCUGUUCCUUGAUUGUAAUCUUAAGCCUCAAUUGUUGUGAGCAAUUAGAAGAAUUACCAGAGGAAGUGGGGAAGAUGAAGCCUUUAAAGUUGCUUUAUCUAAGUAGAACUGCAAUGAAACAGCUACCAUCUUCAAUUGGACUCUUGGAAUCAAGAAGUAUUUCGUCUUGAGGGGUGUGCAAUUGAAAACAUUGGAUGCUCAAGAAACUUGGAACAUCUGAGGCUAAGCAAGGGCAAAUUUCGUACCCUACAGUCACAUGUCACAUCUCACUAUAAAUGAUGUAAGCUAUUGCAAGAACCUCGAGAGACUUCAUGAUCAUCCUUCAGGCUCAGUUUGGAAGUGCAAAAUUUUAUAUUUUGUAUGAAUUUAUAGUUUUGUAUUGUAUAUAUUUGCAUUUAUACUCUUUUCAAACUGAACAUCAAGUUUACAAAUGUUGGAGGCAUAUGAUUGUAAAGAUUACCAAAUCUAUCAAACACACCGGAGUUAAAAAAAAAAAAAAAUGAUCCUUAAGGGUUGUGAGAAGCUAGUUGAAAUUCAAGGCCUAGAAGAGACAUCUUAUUUAUGGAACAAAACUGCAAAGAUGUGUGGAGGAACAUGGUAGAAAACGCAUUACUCUAGGCAAUUAGUGACGCAUCUUCCAUGUAUCAAGCUUCCAAUGGUGUUUUGAGUCAUGGAGUACAGUGCCUUCGGUUACAACGAUAGAGGUG